GGUCUUUUUUAUUAUAGUUCUUAUUAUUUUUAUAGAUAUUUAAAAAUAACAUAUUUUGAUACAUCACAUGUAUCAAAUGAAAGUAGAAGAAGAUAUAUGGAGAAACAAAUGCUUUUCUAUAAUGAUUUAGGAUACGACUUAUCAAUGAAAUAUAUUGGAAACUUAUGUAAAUAUUAUGAUCCAGUUGCAUUAAGAUUACCUUUUCAACCAUUAGAUGAUAAAUAUAGGCUUUAA